AUGGCUCCAAUGAGAGUAUUGUAUAAGGAAUCACCUCGUACUGUGGUAUUAUAUUCUGAAACGCAUAGUUUGCAUUUUCGACAAGUCACUUCCAAGAACAAUGAACAAGUAGUGGCAAUUGAAAUUUCAAGUAAUAACACUAUCAAAAAAGAAGAAGGCUACAAGACAUUAAUCAAUAGAGAAGUAUUUGGAUGUUUAGGGUUAAUCAAUGUUGACAAGCAAGUCUUUUUAGCUGUUAUUACCGGUGCAAUGGUUAAUGUAGCUAAUCCUGUUAGUUAUGAAUCAGUGAAUAAAAUAUAUUCUGUUGAUUUUAUUUCAUUAUCAAAAGAUACAUGGGAUUUUGUAACUUUAGAUUCUAAAGGAAUGCCAGUGAUAAAUAAUGAUGAAGAAGAUGAAACUUUGUAUUCUACUGAACCUCAUCGAUGUAUUCAAUUAAGAAAUUUACUUUCUAAUGGUUCAUUUUACUUUUCCAAUGAUUUUGAUUUAACUUCAUUAUUACAAAAUAGAGGUGUAAACAAGAAUCAAUUAGAUUCUAAUGACAUUGACCAUAAUGCUAAGAUUAAUUUGGAGCAUUAUCAACAAGAAUAUAUGUGGAAUUCUUUCAUGAUGGAAGGAUUAUUCAAUUAUAAAACCAACAUUGAUCCAACCGUACAGACCAUAUUUGAUGAUAAUAGGUUCUUAACCACUGUUAUAAGAGGAUUUGCAAAAACCACCAGAUUGAAUUCAAGAGGUGAUAGUAUUACCAUUAUUUCCAAACAAUCUUGGAAAAGAGCAGGUACUCGAUUUAAUGCUAGAGGUAUUGAUGAUGAUGGUAAUGUUGCAAAUUUCGUUGAAACAGAAUUCAUUUACAAUCAUAUCACUAAAAGAUCAAUUUCAUCAUUUAUUCAAAUUAGAGGUUCAGUACCAGCAUUUUGGGAACAAGAUUCCACUUUAAUCAAUCCAAAGAUCACUAUCACUAGAUCAUUGGGAGCCACUCAACCAGUUUUUGAUAGUCAUUUCGAUGAUGUAUGUUCUAAAUAUGGUGUUUGCCAUAUUGUGAAUUUGUUAUCAAAAACCAAACCUCAAGAAGUAGCUGUUCUGAACAGGUAUAAACAAUUAUAUAAUAAUUCCUCAAGAAACAAUGAGUUGUUAUACACUGAAUUUGAUUUCCAUCACGAAACCAAACAAAGUGGAGGUUUUGGUGGUGCAACUAAGAUCUUACCAUUAUUGAGUAAUUCUUUAGAACAAUUCGGCUGGUUUGUUUAUGAUUGUGAAAUUGGAGAAAUUAUCACCAGACAAGAUGGUGUAUUUAGAGUCAAUUGUUUAGAUUGUUUGGAUAGAACAAAUUUGAUUGAACAAGUAAUUUCUCAACAUAUUUUGGAGAACGUCUUGAAUAACGAAGGUAGAGGUAGAUAUGAACCAGAUGAUAUCUUAACUAAAUCAAGAACUUUAUGGGCUGAUAAUGGUGAUGCUAUCUCUCAAAUUUAUACCGGUACAAAUGCAUUGAAGUCAUCAUUUUCAAGAUCAGGUAAAAUGAAUUUGGCUGGUGCCUUAUCUGAUGUCACUAAAUCAGUUUCAAGAAUGUACCAAAAUACUUUCGUUGAUGGUAGGAAACAAGAAAUUAUGGAUUUGAUGUUAGGUUAUGAUUCCAAGAAUUCCAGAGCCGUUAGAAUUUAUGAUCCAGUAAGUGAUUUUGUUCAUGAGAAAUUGAAAAGUGUUGAAGAUUCUUUCACUAGUUAUAGUGAAAUAACAGUUUUUACGGGAACUUUUAACGUCAAUGCUACUUUACCUAACAGGGCAUUCGAUUUGACAACUUGGUUAUUUCCUGCAGAAAACUCAAACAUCCCAUUACCUGACAUUUAUGCCAUUGGUAUUCAGGAAUUAAUCGAAUUAAAUGCUGGAUCGAUUUUGAAUGCAGAUAGCUCAAGACCAAGUAAAUGGGCUGAAUUGAUUGAACAACAAUUGAACUCUCAAAAUGAACAAUAUUUGUUAUUAAGAAUUGAAUCUAUUGCUUCAAUGACGGUGUUUUUAUUCGUCAAGAAAUCUAAAGUUCACAAUAUCACUCAAGUUUCCGGAUCCUCGAAAAAGACAGGUUUGGGAGGUAUCACUGCUAAUAAAGGUGCUUGUGCUGUGAGAUUUGAUUACGGGGCAACUUCAUUCUCAUUAAUCACAUCUCAUUUGGCUGCUGGAACUACAGCUGUGGUGGAAAGAUAUAAUGAUUACUCUACCAUCAUGUCAGGAUUAACGUUCAUCAGAAAUAUGAACAUAAGAGAUCAUGAUCACAUCAUCUGGUUUGGAGACUUAAAUUUUAGAAUUGAUUUACCUAACGCCUUAACUAGAUCUUUGGUCAGUGAAGGAGACUUUGAUCAGUUAUUUGAAAACGAUCAAUUGAAUCACCAAAUGAAUAGUAAAUCGGGAGCUUUUGCUGGUUUCAUUGAAGCUCCAAUAAAUUUCAACCCCACUUAUAAAUUUGAUAAAGGGACUUCAGAAUACGAUACUUCGGAAAAGCAAAGAGUUCCUUCAUGGACUGACAGAAUUUUAUUUAGAUGCAAGAAAGGAGUUUCUCCAUUAAUUCAAUUAAAUUACAAUUCAUUAAUGGAUAUUGAAAUCAGUGAUCAUAAACCAGUUUUUGCUACUUUUAAGAGUACAGUCAAAUUUAUUGAUGAACCUAAGAAAGCAAGAUUAUCCAAGGAUAUUUAUGAAUCUUAUAAAAGAGAACAUUCCGGAAACAAUGCUUCAGUAAUUGAAAAUAAUUCAUUUUCCAGUUCUGGUUCUUCAAAUUCGAAUUUCACUAUCGACACGUUAUCAGAAUUGAAUUUAUUAGAUGAUUUUGAACCAACACCUCCAAGGGUCCCUAAGAGAAGUACCCCAAAUACAAAUGGAUUACCCAGAAGAGUGCCUCCUCCACCGUCAAGUAGGAAAGUUAGUGAAAUUACAUUGGCCAAUUCAAGUACCCCAUUGCCUAGAAAACUUCCUCCUAGACCAACAGAUAUUGAAUUGAAAUCAAAUUCUGUCACAGAUUUACCUUCUCAGAAUCCACAAAUUUCAUCACCUGCCCCAUUACCCCCACCAACAAGGAAAGUUGCACCAGUACCAUUUGGGUUUUCAUCAACUCCUUUGAUACCUUCAAGGUCAGGCUCAUCCACUCCUAAACCUUCACCAGGUGCUACUCCUCAGUCUACCUCGCCUUUAAAAACAUCAUCAGCUCCAACGAUUCCGGUCAAUGGAUCUAAUAAAAUGACACCAAUGGUUCCAAGUAAACCAUCAUCAUUAUCAGCCACUAAAGUUCAAACUCUUGAGGCUAACUCCAGCAUAAAUGAAAAUAAACCUUCCAGUCCAGCUCCUCCUCCACCAAGAGCUACCACUACUAAUCUCAAGACAAUGUCUGAUUGGAAACCUUUGGUACCUAAAUAA